AUGGCGGUUAAUGUGCUCUUCAUAGAUUCCUAUGAUUCCUUUACUUACAACUUGGUGAGUCUCAUUCGAGCUCAAAAUGAUGAUACACAUGUAACCAUUGUUCAUAAUGACACAUUUCCCAGCUUUAACGAAUUGAAGCCUUUUUUGACGUGCUUCGACUGUAUUGUAGUCGGCCCAGGGCCAGGAAAUCCAGAUAACGGCUAUAGAGAUGUGGGUUUCCUCAAUGAGAUGUUUGAAGCGCAAUUGGAGGUCCCCGUAUUGGGUAUCUGUUUGGGAUUCCAAGUGAUGUGUAGGGCUGCUGGUGGUUCAGUGAAACAACUGACAGAAAUAAAGCAUGGUCAAGUUUACGAAGUGGAAGUUUGUGGUGCAAAUGAGGGCACUGGGAAUCGGCUGUUUGCCAAUUAUCCUCCAACUUUCAAUUCUGUACGAUACCAUUCACUGCAUGUAGCAGAGACUGACUUCCACUGUGAAAAUAUCAUACCCCUUUGCUACACGAAUGACGAGAACGGCCAAGUGCUCAUGGGCGCUCAAAUUGCUAACACCUCUUGGUACGGAGUUCAAUAUCACCCAGAGUCUUGCUGCUCCGAACUAGGUGAUCGGCUGAUCUCGAACUUUUUGGAGAUUACUGAAGAAUUCAACCGAGGUGGAACCAGACACCACUCUAUCUAUAAACUGCAAGAUGAUGACUCUGAGUUGCGCAGAACAAUAGGCUUAUUGGACAAGGCCAUUGAUAAAAGUAGCGUCUAUGAAAAGGCAGUUCUGAAGCCAAAAAAAAUACAUAUCGAAGAGCUACCAGCCGCGACUGAUGCAAAGUUAUCCAUCAGAAUAUGCAAUGCUCUAAGUGAUCCUUUCUUUCUAAUGUCUUCAUCCACCAUACAAGAGAAUAGAGGUGAAUUCUCGAUAAUUGCCUUGCCAAAUGAGAAUUCUACGGUCUUCACGCACUACGACCAAUUGCAUGUAACCUCAAUCCACCGGUGGAGGGAUCCGAUAGUUUCUCGGCAAGCGUAUACCUCAGCCAUUAGUGCCAAUGGCAAGGUGUACCCGGGGCUCAAAGUCAUAAAGGAGGAUAAAUCAGAGUUCUGGAAGUCAAUUGGCGAUUUUAUGAAAAACCAUUUGACCUCGAACACAUCUAAGUUGCCAUUCUUAGGAGGAUUGGUGGGGGUCUUGGGCUACGAGAUGGGUCAAUUCACAGUGAACGGAAACUCACGGGAUAUAGUACCAGAUGCUAAGCUUGUCUUCAUAGAAAACUGCAUAAUUGUUGACCUGAGGAGAGGUGUUGUCUCCUUCGUUUCGUUAAAUGACAAUUUUCCUCACCAUCUGAAAAACCUUGUGAAGGAAAUUGCGCGUGGUAAUGAGCAUGGCACGUCAAUGCCCUCGACUGAAAGGUUACCUCCAAACAUAAAGUUCGACAUCGAGCUCCCCACCAAGGAGGCGUACACGCGAGCAUAUCAAAAGUCGCAAACUUAUCUACGUCAGGGUGAUUCUUAUGAGAUAUGUUUGACGACACAAACAAAGGUUACCCCAAGUGACCGCAUCGAGCCUUGGAGAGUAUUUCAAACCCUUAUUCAGCGAAACCCGGCUCCAUUUUCGAGCUUCUUCGAAUUCAGUGAUCUGCAUGCUGAACCUGCUGACCUUUGUCUGCUGUCCACCUCUCCAGAAAGAUUCUUGAAAUGGGACUGUGAUUCAUGUGAACUGCGUCCCAUCAAAGGAACAGUGAGGAAGGAUGGGUCUAUGACCCUUGAACUUGCUACAAAGAUAUUGAAAACGCCUAAGGAAUUUGGAGAAAACCUGAUGAUCCUGGACUUGAUUCGCAACGAUUUGUACGAGUUAUUAGAAAAAGUCACAGUGGAUGAGCUCAUGUCAGUAGAAGAGUACAAGACUGUCUACCAACUGGUGAGCGUUGUCAAGGGCCAUGAGUUAAAUCGAACUGCGUACUCAGGAAUUGACCUGCUACGGCAUUCAUUGCCUCCUGGUUCUAUGACAGGCGCGCCAAAGAAGAAUACGGUUCACCUGCUACAGACAGAAAUCGAAAAAGAUCUUAACUCACAUCUGUCUAAUCAAGGAAUACGUGGAGUUUACUCUGGUGUAACUGGAUACUGGAGUAUCCAUGAUCACGGCGACUGGUCUGUCAAUAUCCGGUGCAUGUAUUCAUACGACAAUGCAAGGUCGUGGCGGUUAGGUGCUGGAGGAGCAGUCACUAUUUUGAGCACUCUGGAAGGAGAAUGGGAGGAAAUGCACACAAAGCUGGAGAGUGCCUUACAAGUUUUCCGUGACGUUUAA